AUGGCUCGCGUUCGUCGCGCCGGCUACCUAGCAAGGACCACGGAAAGGACAGCGAACGAGAGCGUGAGCGGGACAGGGAGGAGAAGGGGAAGCAGGAGAGGGGCCAUCGUCGUGAACGGGAGAGGACGAGAGACGGAAUGAGGGGAAACGAGGACCGCGUAUCGUCCGAGCGGAACAGGCAGCAACUCCAUCAGCGCGUUCACACUCUCAGGCGCGAGGCCAAGGGCCCUCUCCCCCCGUCGCUCACAUCUCCGACGAUCCGUCCGUUCUACAACAUUCCACCAAGCUCGCUCUCGCAGACCCGAUACGGCUUCGCCUGUUCUACCGUCCUUGCGCGCGACCUACUCAGAUGCCCGCCAAUCGAUCCUUGCGCAUAGGCUUCCCCUCCAUGACUGACGAUUGAUUGGUGGGGUGCGUUGCUACUCCAUGCGCUCGCGGACCUCAACCAGGAGAUCGACCAGCGUGUGCCCGUCGUCGCGCAGAAGCGCGAUGGCGCCUGCGCUGGGGAAGGAGAAAAUCGAGCUUCUGGACGGGAGGGACCACGCGCAGGACCCGAUGCUGGUCCUGUUCGCACUGCACGCAUGAGUCGUAUAGGGUCUGACACAGGUGACCGGACGCGUUUUGCUGUUCGCUCCCGACGUGUGAUGUACGCGCGAGAGGCGUCGGUCUCUGGUGCAUCCCUGGCUCAUUUAGCGGCUUCUCCCGCAGCCCGCAUCCUGUCGCUCAUCGUCAAUCGAUCGCAGGGCAAAAGGGACGCAGAGGUCGGACGCGAAUAUUGAUUGCGAUGCUGUCCGCCCUCUCAUCGCGUCGAGUAUUCCACGCACACACUCACUCUCGUUCACUCCCUCAUGCACAUCCGCGCCUGCAGGCCGUCCGUCAGGACUUCACAUGGCAUCUCUUGGCACAUGCACAUGCACCAUGACCCGCAGCGCUGCCUGCCGCACUUCACUCUGCUGCAU